AUGGUUUCUAUAUUGAAAGUGCUUAAUAGUGAACGUUCCAAGGAUAGUGUAAUACUGGCGAGUGAAGUGUGGGAGAAACUUCGAAGUUUUUAUGAUUUAGAAGAGAUUGAAAAAUUGGAUCAAGAUAGUGGAAGUGAAGAUGAAAGUGAUGAAGAAGAAGGUGAUCAAGAGGAAGAAGAAGAAUUACCCAAAGAUUUUGAUCUUCCAUGGGAUGAUUUUGGACCAUUGAUGGUUAGUAGAGCUAAAGAUGGUGAAAAAAGUGAGACUUCAAGUCCAGAACCAGGUGAAGAAGGUGAAGAUGGAGAAGAAGAAGAAAACGAAGAAGAAGUUGAUGACGAUGAAAAUGAUGAUAAUGAUAUUGGUAAUGAAACUGAAGAAGAGGAAGGUGAAGAAGGAACUGGAGAAGAAGAGGAAGUGGAAGGUAGUGAGGAUGGUGAAGAAGGUAGUGAAGAAGAAGGUAGCGAAGAAGGUGAAGAAGAAGAGGAAGAAGGUGACGAGGAAGAAGGAAGUCAAGAAGAAGAAGAAGAAGGAAGUCAAGAAGAGAAUGAAAAUACCAAAACAUCAAGACCAAGCUCAAGAGGACGUGGUAGAGGACGUGGACGUGUAAGCGUAAGUGGAAGAGGUCGUGGACGUGUUGGAAGAGUAAGAACAAGAUCAGAUCCAGGUAAAGAAGAACCACCAAGUAAACGAAGAAAAACAAACAAAGAUGAUAAAUCAUCAGGUAGAAGAAGACUUCGAACAAGAACCCAGGAUUCAACAGAAUCUAGAUCAACAAAAGGAUCAAAUAAAACACAAACUAAAACCACUAGAAGCUCAACAAAAUCAACACCAAGAAGAUCUACAAGAAGGAAAUAG